CUCAGAACGACGGCAUCGAUUUAGUCUCGGAUGGACGCUACGCUGCCAAGCACCGUCAGUCAGGCUUUCGCUGCUCUCUCGCUCCCGCAAUCGCAAUCGCUAUAGAAAUCACAUCAUUAUAUCCGACCGAUCGGCAUUAUGUGCGCCACGUGAUUGCUGCAACUCUCGAAAGCCGUCGCUAUAUCAACAGAGAUAAUUCGGAUUUAAACAGUGUCAAGUGAAGAAUAUAUCUGAUAUGAUCAAUUGAUAUUUAAUGAUUUGUGCAGAAAUUCCCCAGUGUGUGUUAUCAAGUUAAAAAACAUAAUAAUUUGCAUAUAAGCAAAUACAAAUAGUGCUCAUUUUAAGUUAACAAUUUAUGCUCUUUUGGAAAUAUACAUUCUGGAAAAGAUGAACCAGCUGUGCAAAGUGUGCGGCGAGCCGGCGGCUGGUUUUCAUUUUGGGGCAUUUACAUGCGAAGGCUGCAAGUCCUUUUUCGGCCGCACCUACAACAACAUUGCGGCGAUAGCGGGCUGCAAGCACAACGGAGACUGCGUGAUCAACAAGAAGAACCGCACGGCCUGCAAGGCCUGCCGGCUGCGCAAGUGCCUCCUGGUGGGGAUGUCGAAGAGUGGUUCCCGCUACGGUCGCCGGUCCAAUUGGUUCAAGAUCCACUGUCUGCUGCAGGAGCAGCAGACGACGACGGGCAUCGGCGGAGGAGGCUCGGUGGGAAGUGGGUCAGGUGGCGGGGUGAGCAGUGCGAGUCUAGAGCAACUGGCGCGACUGCAGCAGGCGAGUAACCAGGCGCGGCAAACGUACCAGGAUAAGACCAAUCCUUGCAUUAAGUCAGCGACCGCAACAUCGCCCAGGAUCGAGGGAGCUGCAGUGGGCACGGGAGUUGGGGGUUCCGGCUCACCCUCAUUUCUUCAGGCGGCCAAGUUCCACCAUCAUCACCAUCACCAGCGGCAAUUGAAGCUCGAAUCUCGCCUUAGCAACACGCCCAGUGACUCCGGUGCAUCUUCUGCGGGGGAUCCCAACGAAGAUGGAACCACCAGCGUGCUCAGCGGUCAGAUCCCGACACCAUCAUCCACCAAUGCCACUAGCCUGCCUAAGUUGGAACUGGGGCAUCCCAAUUUUCCGGCCACCUCGGAACCGGAUGCGGAUAUGCAACGACAGCGCCACCAGGAGCUGCUCGAGAUCUUCCGCAGCCACUCGGAGCCGCUGUACAGCUCCUUCGCCCCAUUUAGCCACCUGCCACCUGUACUGCUCGCCGCCGGAGUUCCGCAGCUGCCCAUUUUCAAGGAUCAGUUCAAGGCUGAGCUCUUGUAUCCGACGGCCAGCAGUCCGGAGCUGGAAGAACCCAUCGAUCUGUCCUUCAGAUCGCGACCAGAUCCCGCCAGUCCUCUGGCCCACACCUCCAACAGUCCCAGUUUAAGUGAGCCUGCCGCGGGGAGUCAUUGCUUGGGGGAGUCUCCGACCUUCGUUCGAAAAUCCACGCCCCUUGAUCUCACCCUGGUGAGGUCACAGACAUUGACAGGCUGAGGUCAUCUCGUGAUUGCCAGAGAAUUCGUUCGAGUGCCAAAACAAUUUCGAGUACUUUAGGUUUAGGUAUGUAAAAAGUAUUUAAUCUUCAGAAAGUCGAUGGGUUUUACAAGGAAAUUUACAAAUUGAAUUUCUAUUAUUAUUAAAAAAAAGUCUUGUGAGAAAAAUAAUUACCCCAAAAAAAACCCAUCGACUUCCAUACAAAAUAUAUAGGUUAAGACGCAGAAAGGAAUUGAACAUUUUGGUGCCAGUGAAAUCAUGUACAAAUAUCCAUAUUAUUAUAAAUAACUUUAGCUCAAUGACAGUAAAUAAUUAAAAAAUAAAUUAAGUUAAUAAAUAUUGUAAUACUUAGCCCAAUUAGCAAAU